UCUUUGACGUGGUACAAAUACUGGCUACCAUAUCAGGUCCAAAGCUUUCAGCACGACCUCAGCAACUCUUUCGCUUCCACACCAUUUGAAUCGACAGAUUCGCUAUUUUCGAAAGACUCGAACAUAAUGAAAGCGUUCUGCGAAAUUGCACGCCUAGCCAAAUGCGACGACGCGAGCACGCUGGAGCUUAUCUCGAGAGCGGUGCGGGAACUGGACAUUUUUAGCAAAGGAACAGAGUCAGAUCACAAUCUCCAGCAAUUUUUGGUAUUCACAUUUCUUGGCUGGCAGACAAUGCUAUGGGCCCCGUCCUUCACGCCUUCGUUCGACGAGCUCAUCGUCCAAGAUCCUCUGAUUGGCGUCAAAGCGACGAAAAUCAUCAACAAAAGUCAAAACCAGAGAGACGCCAAAUUGCCUCUAUUUCGCUUCCUCUACGGCUUCGGCCAGUUACUACCAGCACCCCCGAAGAAGGACGUCUACGAUGUGGAGAGGGGUACUCCCGCGAAGCAUUCGGAGAUGGUAACUCCUAGAGACCUGAAUUGGUUCCUCCUCAGCCGGAUAGGAUCCGUCACAAUAACUUGGAUAGAUACCAUGGCCGAGCACUUGACGUUCGACUCCGGGAACCGCGUCUUGUACCUAUUCCGAUAUCCCUCAUUCGCUGCGCGGUGCAUGGGCGAGUUGAGCGAGGAUGGCGAGAGAUCCACAGACAGCGUUCUGCAUGCGUGCGCUGCGCCGGUAAAGAAUACCACCGACUGGCCUUGUGCAGACGACGUGACCCAGUUGUUGCAAGAGAUUCUCCUAUCCUACAGGCUCCUCUUUGGCCAAUUGAAAAUCUCGCGUAAAGAGUUCAGAUCUCUCUCUCCUUUCAAUGGCCUCCCGAAAUCCCUCAAGGACCCGUUCCUCAAAGAGCUGUGUAGCAGGAAAUCACCCGAUAUAAGUCAAUGGAUCGAGGAGAAAGACCAAUAUUACUUGUCCGAUGACUUCCCAAUGUUGAGCGAGCAGGUAUUGGCGCUUCAUCGCUUCUUAGCUAAGCACAAUCCGCGUGGCUGGCGCCAGGUAUGGCGCAAUCGUCAGUAUACAGAAGAGUGGUACGCAUUCUGGGCUAUCCUUUUCAUUGGCAUCAUUGGAGUGGUCUUGUCGCUUAUAUCGACGGUAUUACAAGCCUUUCAGCUUUAUCUAUCGUACAAAGCGAGGCGUACCUAG